AUGCAGAGGCCUUGGUGGCCCUUUUCUGACUCAUUGGCUUAUGGAUACUACUAUCCAGGUUUUGAUGGCUCCUUAGCUGAAUUGGAUGACCAAGGAGCAUUGUACCCGGAUGUGAUCGAGUCUUGCUCACCGCCUGGCUGCAGAAGCUUUUGUGGCGCACAGAUGGAAGAUAGGCUUUCCCAGAUUGAUGCCAUACUUUUAUCUAAAGAAACAACAACGGCAUUGAUGAAAACGACUAACGGACUAAGGAAUUCAUUGCUUCCAAAAGAACCAAAGUCGGCAAUUCCCCUUUUAUUGAUUAUCGCUCAGCAUCGUUCCAUCGUUGUUGUAAAUGCAAAUGCUCCAUACAUUAAUAUGUGGUCCCAUCCCACCUUCCAUAGGAAACUUAAGGAAUUUAACCACUUUGUAUCUUAUGAAAACAAGCUUUCUGGUCCCAUCCCUCAUGAAAUUGGAUUGUUGAGAUCUCUUAAUGAUCUUGAGUUGUCAACUAACAAUCUUAGUGGUCCCAUCCCGCCUUCCAUAGGAAACUUGAGGAAUUUAACCACUUUAUAUCUGUUUGAAAACAAGCUUUCUGGUUCCAUCCCUCAAGAAGUUGGAUUUUUGAGAUCUCUUAAUGAUCUUGCUUUGUAUACUAACAAUCUCAGUGGUCCCAUCCCACCUUCCAUAGGAAACUUAAGGAAUUUAACCACUUUGUAUCUUUAUGAAAACAAGCUUUUUGGUCCCAUCCUUCAUGAAAUUGGAUUGUUGAGAUCUCUUAAUGAUCUUGAGUUGUCAACUAACAAUCUCAGUGGUCCUAUCCCACCUUCCAUAGGAAACUUGAGGAAUUUAACCACUUUGUAUCUUUAUGAAAACAAGCUUUCUGGUCCCAUCCCUCAUGAAAUUAGAUUGUUGAGAUCUCUUAAUGAUCUUGAGUUGUCAAAAAACAAUCUCAGUGGUCCUAUCCCACAUUCCAUAGGAAACUUGAGGAAUUUAACCACUUUGUGUCUUGAUGAAAACGAGCUUUCUGGUUACAUCCCUCAUGAAAUUGGAUUGUUAAGAUCUCUUAAUGAUCUUGACUUGUCAUUUAACAAUCUUAGUGGUGCCAUCCCGUCUUCCAUUGGAAACUUGAGGAAUUUAGCUAGAUUAGUUUUUAUGUAUAACAAAAUCAAUGGCUCCAUUCCUCCGGAAAUGAGACACCUUACACAUUUGAAAUCUUUACAGUUAGCUGAGAAUAAUUUGACGGGCCAACUACCACAAGAGAUAUGUCUCAGUGGAGUACUUGAAAAUUUUACAGCUGAUGGAAACAGUCUCACUGGAUCUAUCCCAAAGAGCUUGAGAAACUGCACUAGCUUGUUCAGAGUUAGGCUUGAAAGAAACCAACUUGCAGGAAAUAUAACAGAAGAUUUCGGUAUAUACCCAAAUUUACGUUAUAUUGAUUUGAGCUACAACAACUUGUAUGGUGAGCUUUCACAUAAAUGGGGGCAGUGCAAGAGCUUGACAAGCUUGAAAAUCUCCAAUAACAAUAUUUCUGGUAUGAUACCACAUCAGCUUAGGGAGGCAACCAAACUAGAACAACUUGACCUCUCUUCAAAUCAUCUUGUUGGGGAGAUACCAAAAGAAUUAGGUAUGUUGAAGUCAUUGUUCAAUUUGGUGCUAGGCAACAACAAACUUUCAGGCAACAUUCCUUUGGAAUUAGGAAAUUUGUCCAAUCUUGCACAUCUUGACUUGGCAUCAAACCAUUUGAGUGGCCCAAUUCCCCAACAAGUUCGAAACUUUGGGAAAUUGUUGUCCUUGAAUUUGAGCAAGAAUAAGUUUGGGGGGAGCAUUCCUGUUGAGAUUGGAAAUGUGAUCACUCUUGAGAAUCUUGACCUUUGUUAA